AUGUCGGCUUUGGAAGCUCCAGGAGAGAGGCUGAGAAAAUUUAAAUACCGAGGCAAAGACACGGCUGUGCAGCGACGGCAGCGGAGAGCAGCCAGCGUGCAGCUCCGGAAGGCCAAGAAGGAUGAGCAGGUCUCCAAGAGGAGAAACAUCAUUGGUCUCUCCACUGACCCAGCUUCUCAAGAAGAGACCAACCGGGUCAGCCUCACCGUGCCAGAAAUAAUCAGCGGCGUGAGUGCCUCAGAUACGGAAUCCUGUUACCGGGCCGCCCAGGCCGCCAGGAGAAUACUGUCCGAGCAGAGGGACCCUCCCGUGAAGCUGAUGGUCAAAGCGGGGCUCAUCCCCAGGCUGGUGGAGUUCCUGGGGUCCUCCCGUCCCCGCUGCCUGCAGUUUGAGGCGGCCUGGGCUCUGACGAACAUCGCCGCGGGGCCCUCGGAGCAGACGCGAGCCGUGGUGGAAGAGGGCGCUGUCCCGCCCUUGGUGGAGCUCCUGUCUUCCCCAGAUGCCAAUGUGCGCAUGCACGCCGUGUGGGCCCUCGGAAACAUCGCAGGUGACUGCCCAGAAUCCAGAGACGUCGUCAUCUCAAGCGAUGCCAUCCCACGCCUGCUGGCCCUGAUCUCAUCCACCACGCCAGUUGCAUUUCUGCAGAACGUCACGUGGACCCUGUCCAACCUGUGCCGAAACCAUGACACACACCCCUGCCAAACGGCAGUGAAUCAAAUGCUGCCCAGCCUCUGCCACCUCCUGCAGCACCAAGACAGCGAGGUGCUCUCCCACACCUGCUGGGCCCUGUCCUACCUCACCGAGGGCUGCAGCGAGCACAUCGACCAAGUGGUGGACAUGCUGGUGCUGCCCAGGCUGGUGGAGCUCAUGACCAGCCCCGAGCUCAAUAUCUUGAUUCCCGCCCUCCGCACUGUGGGCAACAUCGUCACGGGAACGGACGGCCAGACCCAAGCGGCCAUCGACGCGGGCAUGAUGGGUGCGCUGCCCCAGCUCCUGCUGCACCCCAAGCCCUUCGUCCAGAAGGUGGCAGCCUGGGCCCUGGGCAAUGUGGCCGCCGGGCCACCCGAGCACCUCCAGCAGGUCAUUGCUUACAACAUCUUGCCUGCCCUGGUGGCUCUCCUGAAAAAUGGACACUUUAAAGUCCAAAAGGAGGCUAUCUGGACAGUGGCCAACUUCAUCACGGGGGGCACCAUAAACCAGAUGAUCCAGCUCAUCCGCUCAGGAGUCCUCGAGCCGCUGGUGAACCUGCUCACCGUCCCAGACACCAAGUUUGUCAUUCACAUCCUUGACAUCAUCUUUUUACUCCUCCAGGCAGCAAAGAAGCUCCCCGAGGUGGAAUCCCUGUGUGUCUCGAUCGAGGAACAUGGUGGGCUUGACAGAAUCAAGGCUCUUCAGUUCCACGAGAACCAUCAGGUGGCUCUGACGGCUCAGAGCAUCAUCGAGAACCACUUUUCUGAGGAGGAAGACAAGGACACGUCACGCCCAUGCCCGGACAAAAUCGGGGAUGCUUAAAGCACCUCAUGUAGAAGUGC